AUGGCUGUUGUGGGAGAAUGGAGGUUCAGUCGGAUCCACUGUGACAUUCUGCUCACGCUGGACGUCAUGAUGUGCACCGCAAGCAUCCUCAACCUGUGUGCCAUCAGCAUCGACAGGUACACAGCCGUGGCCAUGCCGUUACUCUACAACACGCGCUACAGCUCCAGAAGACGCGUGGCUCUGAUGAUCGCUGUCGUCUGGUUCCUGUCCUUCGCCAUCUCCUGCCCGCUGCUGUUCGGACUCAACAACACAGCCAGUCAGGAAGGGAGAGACUGCAGUUUUGCCGACCCUGCUUUCGUGGUUUACUCGUCUGUUGCUUCCUUUUACGUGCCCUUCAUUGUGACCCUGCUGGUGUAUGUGCAGAUCUGCGUGGUGCUGCGCAGACGGGGCAGACGCACCGCACCUUCACGCAAACACGGCCUCCAUCCAGAGCCCAGAGAUGCACAGAGAUCCCGCAAGAAUAAAUGCACUCAUCCUGAAGAUGUGAAGUUGUGCACUUUAAUAGUGAAGCCUCCUCCAGCUGCUCCACAACGCAAGAAAGUGACGCUGGUAAAGGAGGCUGUGGUUCAUCCUCUGGACGUGGAGCCCGUGUGUUUUCUGAAUCCGGACAGAGAUCAGCAGCAGCAGUCUGUGUUGGUGGCUCCCAGUCCAGCGCUCUCGGGCCCCGGCCCUCGCAGGGCCACGGCGCAGGAGAACACACACACACGCCACGGAUGGAGGGACAGAAACACAGACCGAGAGAAAGGAGCGGCGGCGAAGGAGAGAGCGAGAGGAAGACUGUCACAGCAGAAGGAGAGGAAGGCCACGCAGAUGCUGGCCAUCGUUUUAGGCGUCUUCAUCAUCUGCUGGCUUCCUUUCUUCCUCACACACGUUCUGAAGGCUCACUGCGGCAGCUGCUGCAUCUCUCCGUUGCUCUACAGCGCCGUCACGUGGCUGGGUUACCUCAACAGCGCCGUCAACCCCGUCAUCUACACCACCUUCAACAUCGAGUUCCGCAAGGCCUUCAUUAAAAUCCUGCACUGCUGA